AUUGACAGCUGCUAACGUCAACGUCACGUUUCACAUUCGAUCUAAAAAAUACAUUUCCUAAUGCUUUGUUUUCUAUUUCCAUAUAUUUUAUUAAUAAAUUUAUAAAAUGUCUAAUGACCCGCUUAACGAAAUAUUAGAAUUUUUAAAGCCAGAGGCUAGGAUAGAUUUAAAACAUAUAUCAUUGGACCACUUGGUUGGAUUGUCCGGUACUGAAGAAGGUAUCUGCACAUUGUUACAAAAUGAACAAAUAAUUCGUAAUGUAAUAGAAUUAAGUGACGACAAAGUGGAGGAAAUCGCUAAAAAUGCUCUACUUCUUCUUGUAAACAUCACAGCAACCGCUAAGGGGGCGGCAGAAUUGUUAAAAUACAAACCAAAUACACAUAAAAACAUAUUAGAAUUACUUAUAGGUUAUGUUCUGAAUCCACAGAAGAGAAACGCCGAUGCGGCGUGUAUGAUACUUUCCAACGUUACUAGACUGGAAAAUCAAUUGGAAAUAUGUAUAGACACAUUUUUACCGCAUUUAAAUGAUAUCUUAAAUGCAUUUGUCAACAUAGAAUUUAACAAAAAAGGAUCUAACCUCAAUUAUUUGGCGCCAAUGUUUAGUAACUUAAGUUGUAGUAGUAGAAUAAGGAAAUGGCUGACCGAGGAGAGUCCACAUGUACCAUUAAUAAAAUUAUUGCCGUUUUGUAACUUUGAUCAGUCAGUUAUUCGAAGAGGUGGUGCUUUAAGCACUAUACGUAACUUAUCAUUAGAUACAGAGUAUCAUACAUUCCUACUAAGCACAGAACUUGACUUGUUAACUUACUUAUUGAGUCCGUUGAUGGGCAACGAAGAUUAUCCUGAUGAAGAAAUGGAUAUGUUGCCAAUAGCACUUCAAUAUUUACCGAAAGAAAAGAAACGUGAAACCGAUGUUGAUAUACGUAAAAUUGUGUUGGAGACAUUGAAUAAAUUAUGUAGUAAGAGGCACGGUAGAGAGAUAUUGAGGGAGAAUGGGGUGUAUUAUGUUUUACGGGAAUACCACAAGUGGGAGAAAGAUCCUAAGGUGUUAUUAACAUGCGAAAAUGUUGUUGAUAUAUUAAUACAGAAGGAGGAAGAAGUGGGCGCAGAAGAUUUGUCUACAGUUAACGUACCUGAUGAUAUGGUGGAGAAGUUUCAGAAGAUGGAUGAAGAUUAUUUAAAGAAUGUUGAAUAAAUUAUGUUGUAUUAA